AUGGUAUCUCUCAUGUCGAAUAUGGUGACUACUUUGCCUUCAAUGGUCCCCAUGGGCUCUUACGAUGGCAUGUCGUCUACAACAAGUUGCCGCUGCUUUCUUGGCGAUGCGUGCUGGCCCAGCUCAACAUCAUGGCAAAGCUUUAACUCUAGUAUUGGCGGGAACUUGAUUGCCUCUGUUCCUAUUGCUGCCGUUUGUCAUGAUUACUCAACCAGUAACUCUUCGGCAACAACUUUCGACGCGAAUGCAUGUCAAUCAUUAGAAGACAGUUGGUUCUAUCCUAGCACCCAUUUACCAUCUUCAUCCUCAGCCAUGGGAGCACCUAUCUUUGCCAACAACAGCUGCAAUCCCUUCCUUCCAAGAUCAUCGAGUUGUACUCUGGGAAACUAUGUAAAGUAUAGCGUCAAAGUCACAGGUGCAGCCGAUGUUCAGAAAACAAUUGCGUUUGCAGCAGAACGCAACAUACGUCUAGUUAUCAGAAGUACAGGCCAUGAUUAUAAUGGAAAAUCUAUUGGGGCAGGAGCUCUAUCUAUCUGGAUCCAAGAGUUGACAUCCGCCAUACUCAUCGAUUCAUACGAAGGGCCAUUGUAUUCAGGUAGGGCUAUCAAAUUUGGCAGCGGCGUUUCCGUACUAGAUGCAUACAAAUUUGUAGACAUGAAUAAAGGCAUCAUUGUUGGCGGGGCUUGUCCUACCGUUACACUCGCUGGUGGAUACACCCAAGGAGGGGGCCAUGGUCCUCUUGCUGGAACGUUUGGCUUAGCAGCGGAUAACGUGGUGGAGUGGGAAGUCAUAUCUGCAACUGGCGAGCUAUUAAAGGUAUCGUCGGUUGAGAACUCGGACCUUUACUGGGCUCUUUGUGGAGAAGGAGGUGGGACAUAUGGAGUUGUCAUCUCAAUCACAGUAAAACUUCAUGAUCCAAUGCUUGUUGCUGCGGCCUCACUGAGCUUUUCUCAGCCAGCCACCGCAACUGGUGCAGUCGAUUUCUGGAACGUGGUUUCCACAUUCAUCGAGUCUUUGCCAGCGAUGACGGAUGCCGGAUUGGAAGUCAUUUGGACAGUGCUGCCAGGUACCUUUGUCGUAUCACCGGCAACAGCACCGGGGCUCACCAAAGAGGAAUUGAAUGAACUGUUUGGUUCAAGUCUUUCUCAGCUUAAGGAAAGUAACGUGUCUUAUAAUUAUCAAUCAGCUCUAUACCAGACUUUCUUAGAUAGUUACUCCGCCACAGUCCUGCCUUCGUCAAAUAUCUCCAAUUCAAUUAUUGGUAGUCGGAUGAUACCCCGCUCGGUCGUCGAAGAUAAUCUUCCUGCUUUCGUGACGGCAAUCCAAGAUAUCAUCGCAUCGAACUUUCUUUUUGUCGGCCUCACCCUAAACGUUUCACAUCAAAAUCCGGAUGCUGUCGCAGCGAAUUCGUAUUGGAGAAAAACACUGACCCUCGGUACUCUCGGGACCUUUUUCGAUUAUCAAAAUUUCGAGGCCAACUUCGCAAACCAGAAUACUAUGACCAACACGCUGAUCCCAAAACUAGCGGCUUUGACACCCAAUGAAGCAGCAUAUCUCACUGAAGGUGAUUUUCAACAGCCGAACUGGCAAGAAGUGUUUUAUGGAGAUCACUACCAGAAACUGGACGCGAUCAAAGCGAAGUAUGAUCCUCAUGAUAUACAUUACGUGCUUGGUGCUGUUGGAAGUGACCGCUGGACGCAAAAGGAAGAUGGUAGACUUUGCAGGGCGUGA